AACACCAGAGGAAGUGACGUAGGACAUACCCGGCAUGCCUUGCGCAUGAGCGGGACUGGAAGAUCGUGUAGCAGUCAUGGUGUCCCUGCUGUCUAGAGGUGUCGGGGUGCUUGCCAAGGCACUGGCCGGACUCCGCUGUUCACAGGCUGCAAGGUGCAGCAACUUUCCCAGUGCUUUAUCAACUGUGCAGUGUACGACAGCAAGGUGGUUCUCAAAAAAUCCAGUAGUCAAUGACUUCCCAAGAGCUCAUCCACCAAAGGAACCCCCAAAACGUCCUCUGUCAUCUUUUUUUCGCUUUUCCAUUCAGCAGCGACCACUACUAACUAGGCAGUACCCUGAGGCAUCAGCCAAAGAACUUUGCAAGAUCCUUGGGAAUGAAUGGAGAGCACUUUCAGAAGCUGAAAGACAAAUAUAUUUGGAUGCUGCAAGGGUUGAUAUUUUGAAAUACAGAGAAAUGUAUAAACAAUACAAAGCAAGUCUUGAUCCUCUAGACCUGGAAGUACUGAAAGAGAAAAGGGGGCAGGUGAAGCGAAGUAAAGAAAAGAGGAGACAAAGAAAGGAAAGCAAAUUGCUUGGGCGACCCAAAAGAAGUCGUAAUCCCUUCAAUUUCUACCUCUCAGAACAUUUCAAUGAAACCGAAGGCAAUACUUUAGAAGUAAAGACGAGGCACUUAAUACGUCAGUGGGAAAAUAUGCCUAGCUCAAAAAAACAGGUGUAUUUGCAGUUAGCUGAAGAUGACAAAGUCAGAUACCAAAACGAGUUAAAGGCUUGGGAAGAACAGAUGAUCGAAAUUGGCCGUGAAGAUCUUGUUCGAGAAAAGAUAAGAAAGCAUCUUUUGAAAGAAACAUUUGUGUGGGCAGAGAAAGAAUCUGGAAAAAAGGAAAAGAAGUCUUCUAAACCUGCUGAAGGAAGGACAAGAGGUCCUAAAAAGCAUGAAGAGUAAAGUCAUAAUGAGGAUUUACACAACUUAAAUACCCCACAGACUGUGCAACGUGGUUCCUUAAGGAGGACAAUAGCAAGUGGCAUAGUUUCACUUCACAACACGUGCAGCAACAUACAAAGGAUUUGUCUCUAUGUUCAUGUGACAUUUUAUCCUACAAGGGAAAAGACUUUCCAUGUGUCCAGCUUUUUUAUAUCAUUCUUAGUCCAGUAAGAGCAUUUUGUUCUGACAAACAAAUGAUUCGUCUUCUUUCAUUUCAGCUAUUUUUGUGUGUUGAUUAAAUCAUAAUUUCACAUUUACUGUGUUGCAUUUGUUUUGUUUUUAGUAGACUAGGAUUAAAAGAUCCAGAAGUGUA